AUGAUUCCAAUACGAUGCUCCACUGUUUGCUUCAGUAUUCCACGCGUUUUCCUCAAACCUAUUCAAAGCUCGACUUAUUUAUCUCAGUUGAGAUUCAAAUCCGAAGUCACAACCACUACCCAUAAUGAUGAUUUUGUACUGACAACUACAAGCACAACCUCUUCAAAUCUACCGUCAACCAAAAGCAAAAGCAAAAGCAAAAGCAAACGUGAACCAAAGACUCUCAUAGAAGAGAUGAAGUUGGCAGAACUAUCUAGACAAAAGGUCCUUUCACUUCGGCAGACACUUGCGCCGUGGAUUAAACGAGAAUUAACUCAAAAGUCAAAAUACAGCCACUGGAAUCCUAAGCGGAAACUCAGUAGGCAAGAGAUGAUCAAAGUCAAAGAACUCAAGGAAACAUUUCCACAAUAUAGAACUGUGGAUUUGGCUCAGUUUUUUCAUAUAUCACCAGAAGCUGUACGGCGUAUUUUGAAAAGUAAAUGGGUGCCAAACGAGAUUGAUGAGGAGAGAAUGAUUCAAAGAAAGGAAAGAAAGCUUUUACAGAGACAAGAGACGAAACAGGCUGCACUUGGUCGAACCGAUGAAGCGAGUGCAGUUGCCCGUAGAGCGCAAAAACACGGAAAAUGGCACAAAAGAUCUAAAAAGUCCAUUGAUGAUGACAAUGAUGAUGACGGUGUUGAACUAAACAAAAGUUACAAUAAAAUUCAAAGUCAAUUUUAG